AUGAACUGUCACUACGACACAGCUCCCGCUCACUUGCCCAUCUGUUCCAACACCACGGAUGGCAAGAAACCACCGCCCAAUUCACCCCCCGCGCAGAGAUCGCCCGCGAUCUCUCCCCUCGAAUCUGCUACAUUACAUACCAACGCUCUUCGAUCCGAAUCCACCAUCUACACAGACGAAGGCAGAGCACAUAUCUCCUCGCCUCCCUUCACUUUCAUGACCCGCGCUUCUUCAAUUAUGACUGCGCCAGCAAUCUCGUCUCGAAAGGCCGGAUAAACCUUCGCACGCGACUUCGGCUAUUUCUUCAGCUUACACGAUCUUCUCGCUCAACUUUU